AGUAUGUCCCUCCCCACCAUCGGCAUCGUAAAAGUUCCUACGACUGAGGCAUACCGUGCGAAUCCAAGCGUCAUCAACGACGCCUUGGCGAUCCUGUCGAAGGCGCCAGGUACGUUAGGCCAAUGGCACGACCUGGGACUCCAGAACCCAGAGUACAUUUACUUCGUCAAUGCGUGGGAGAGCAUCGCGCAUCGCGACGCCUUUGCGCAGGACAAGGAGACCUACACCAGAGUGCAUCAGGCUAUCAACCCGGCGUUUGACCCCACGGGCCCUUCAUGGCGGUACCAUGUCCAGUUUGCUGUCGAGCCCUUUAAGGCUCUUGACGCGCUCGUGACAGAGCUUACGGUGAUGCAGCUAAAGGAUGGCGCUGACUCGGAGCAGUUUAAAGGUAUGCUGCGGACUCUGCAGGACGUACUGGCGGAGCGGCUCGGUGGCGACGUCUCUGCGAGAGCAUGGGGUGUCUCGUUUGAGGAUCCUCGAGUCUUCGUGGCUUGUCUAGGCUGGAUGAGCCUGGAGGCAUCGAAAGCAGCCGCUGAGCAAGAAAAGGGCAUCAUAACAUGUAUUAACCAGAUACUGCAGCUUGCGGACGUUGAGGCGAAGCAUGCGACGCUAACGAGAUAUUCUGGUGACUAGGAGCGUAGAUCGCUAUUGUUCUUUGUCCAAAUGAAACUAGUAUC